AUGGUGUCACUGUCCCCAAAAGUCGCUCCGAUCGCCAUACUGGUGGCGGUUUGGGUCAUCGCCCUAUCUGCUCGCCAUGGAGCCGUUGCCCCUGAGGUUGGCGACUAUGUAGGCGAGAAAGCGGCUCAUUAUAGAAACAAGGUAUCGGAUUACUUCCAACGCAGGAGGGGAUGGAAAGAACCCGACUUCAAGGCCGCUUGGCUUGCGGCGGACGUUGACCUCAACACGACCCGGAUCUCGCAAUACUGCGCCAAGUCCACGUGGCGAGAAGACAUCGUCCUGGAACUGUACAUGGCCCGCGGCGGCCUCGGCAACAUACGCGCCGAGAUCCUCGACUUCAUCCACUUGGCCGUCAUCGUUGGCGCGCCCAUAAUUCUGCCCCAGUACUCGAUGCGCCGGUCCAAAAGCUCAGGGGCUGAUGCCCUCGGUUUCCCCGACGAGGACAUUGGCUGGCACGACUUCGGACACAUCUUCGACACGGAGUGGUUCGUCUCCACAAUGCGCGAGCACUGCCCUCAGAUGACUAUCUACCGCACACUCGCCAACAACCCCAGCAACACGACCAUCGAGAACAUCUUUAGUCCGGUCCGCGCCCGCACCGACUGCAACGCCGAUGAGACAGAGGCCGCUGCAGUCCAGGCCCUCAAUGAUUGGAUCCCUCAGCAGCCCGGUUACGUCCCAGGCAGCCCGGUCCGCAUAAGGGUCAAGGCCAACCUGCUCAUCUACAACAUGCACCUGCGCCCGAAGCUGCGGACGGCGUUAGGCCGGCUGCUGCGAAUCGCGCCGACCAUUCGGGAGCUGGCGGCCGAGACGUCGUUCGCAUUGCACGAGCGGUACGGUGAUCUGGUGCAGGUUGACCCACGAGAGCAGCUGCACCGGGGCGGAUACUGCGGCGUGCACAUGCGCACCGAAGAAGACGCAGUGAGGGUCGGCUGGACCGGCUAUUUCAGCUUCAAGAGUCAAACAAACGAGUUCAUUGAGCUGUGCGGGCGGAAGGGAUUCCGCGUUAUGUACGUCGCCAGCGGGCGGCAGGAAGACAUUGAUCGGCUUGCGACCAAAGCAUGGGAGACGGCGGGAAUGACGGUGAUCAGCAAGUCCGACCUUCUGGACACGCAGCGACACAGGGAUUUGCUCAAAGAGAUGUCUUUUGACCAGUUAGGUGCGCUGGACUACGAAGUUCUUGCGCGGUCGAGCUUUUUCAUUGGGCCGGAGAUGAGCAGCUUCAGCUGGAACCUUGCUAUUAGGAGGCAUUUCAACAACCCCGAAACCUGCGACGGUUCAGCGGCCUGUGUGUAUCCAUAUGCAAUUCAAGAGGACGAGCCGCUGGUUGUGUUUGAUGACAGUAUUAGUCGGAUCAUUCUCAAGCCAAAUGGUAUAGGGUACUUGCAGGCGUUCGCACCAGGGGGCAUGUUCCCAUAG